AUGAACUCACAUUCAAAUUCAAGGAGGCAGUCAGGGAUACUUGAAAGGGAGCCACUACUGCUGAAUGGACGUCGUAAAGAGGAACUAGGGCCACCAAAGAAUAUUUCAAAGCUGAAUAGAAUCCUCAUCGCUGUCAUCGUUGGGCUCGUUGUAUUGAUGAGCGUUUUCGUUGGUUUAUUUGCAGGCGCUGAAGUUAAUUACAAGAGAGCGCAGGAAUCUAAAGAGACUGUCACUGUCAUACAACCUGGCAAACCACAACCCACGCAUCCUCCUAAGCGGCCAGAACAACCACCAUCAUCCAAUUUCUGCCUCACCAGAUCUUGCUUCAGAGCUGCAAAAGAUAUCCUCGAGUCUGUCGAUACUUCCAUCGAUCCAUGCGACUCUUUCUACGAUUACGCUAAUGGCGGCUGGCUUAAUUCUCACCCUAUCCCACCUUCAAAGAGCGUUUACUCCAUAUUCAACGAGCUCGGCGAUAGGAAUAUCCAAACUGUCAAAUCAGCAGUCUUUGAUAACGUCGGCACGCAAGAAUACUCUCCUCAAGACAAAGAAAACUUAAAAUCUAUCAAGACUCUCUACGACUCUUGCACUAACACUAAGGUUCAAGACAAGCUUGGCGCUGAGCCUAUCCUCGAUGUACUCGACGACUUCGAAUCUGUGAUCCAUCAAAGGCACAUGGUGAAGGGCGAUUAUCGCAAAACCAUGCUGACUCAUGCAACCGCCUUUUUACAAUCUAUGAACAUCGGCGGUUUGUUCUCUUUCUCACUGGAUGGCGACGUAGGCAAGGAUCCAAGCCGACAGGUACUUGUUCUAUCUCAAAGCGAUGCCUUAUCACUUCCCGACAAAGACUACUAUGAGGACUACGCCAAUGUAAACCUUAUCGCUGAAAUCACUUAUCAGAUAUUGGUUGCUGUUCACGAAAGAGAUUUUCACAGCAAGGGUAUCACGGAAAGCAAAAAGAGCAAAAAAAAUAAACAUCACAAACCUCCUAAGCUCCCAACACGCUACUUCAGGAGAAAAGCCAACGAUGUCGCUAGAUUUGAACAAGACCUCGCAAGAAUCUCUUGGAGCCAGGUUGACUCAGCUAACCCUCUCAAGACGUACAACCCCAAGACCAUAACUGAGCUCUCUGAGCUUGCUCCAUACGUAUAUUGGAAUGAAUUUUUUGCCCUGCAAGGUACAAGUGACGACGACUCUAUAGUAGAGCCAGUUAUCGUAGCAAACCCAAGCUACUUUGAGGAUUUAGCAAGUGUCCUUGAAGUCGACGAUGCCACGCUCGAAACUUACUUCCUCCUCAGAAUCGUUCUCAAUUUGGGCUCCUCACUUAGUCCAAAGACCCACAUGGCCAAGAUAGUUAAUGAUUUCACAGCGAAAAUGAGCGGCACCGACCCAAAGGCUGAGAAGGAUAUUGAUCUCGACUGCUUGAACGGAGUGGUCGAUCAAGUUGGUUUCUUAGCCGGCAGACCAUUUGUCCUCGAAGCUUUCCCAGGUGAGAGCAAGACUAAUUUUGAAGGAGUAGUAGAUGGGAUCAUCGAUGCGUUCAUCAAUCGCUUACCAAGUCUUGGAUGGUUGGAUAACAAGACAGUCGAUGCGGCAGCUAACAAAGCCAGAGUACUACACGACAACAAGAAGAUCGGAUACCCAACCGCCCAUCCAAAUACUUCAGACCCCACUGAUCUAGCCAGAUACUACGACAUGAACGAAAUCACUGAGGAUGAUUGGUUCGGCAACACUCUGAGAGCUAAAGAAGCUGACGCAGCCAGACUCUUCCAGAAAGCAGGUAAGGUCGCCGAAGGCGAAUGGGAUAUGUUUCCAACUGAAGUCAAUGCCUACUACCAGCCAUCAAAGAACGAGAUAGUUUUCCCAGCUGGGAUACUCCAGCCACCAUUCUUCAAGGCGGAUUGGCCGCAGGUUCUUAAUUACGGAUCAGCAGGCAGUGUAGCAGCGCACGAGCUGUGUCAUGCCUUUGACCAAGCUGGACGUCAGUACGAAGCAGACGGCAGACUAAUCUUCGAUGGUUCAUGGUGGAGUGACGAAACAGUCAAGGCAUUCGAAGAAAGAGCUGAGUGUAUCAUCAAUCAAUACAACCAGUUCACCGUACCAGGACCCGAUGGCAAGGACCUCAACGUUAACGGACGUUUCGUGAUUGGCGAGGCUAUAGGGGAUCUGGGAUUAGUGCAGGCAUACAACGCGUGGAAGCACGCAGAGGAGAUUGAAGAAUCUGCCAAACUUCCAGGACUCAAAUUUACCGACGAACAGUUAUUCUUUAUCUCGUUUGCUAGAGGCUGGGCGCGCAAGACACGCUUGGAAGAGAACCUCAAGCGUAUCAAGACGGAUCCGCACGCACCAACUAAAUGGAGAGUCGAUGGUACACUUCGCAACACACCUGAAUUCGCAAAGGCUUUCGGUUGCACCCAGGGGAGUAUCAUGAAUCCGCCAUUAGAGGAGCAGUGUAGAAUGUGGUAA